AUGUCUGAUCAAGCGACCAAGGCCCCAUCUGAUAUAACUCCCCCAAGACAGCAGCGCGCAGCAAUAACACAAACCCAAAAACAAGCCCUGCGAGCAUGGGCAAUGAAUCAAAUCCCCGCUCCCAGGGGCUCCCAGUGCAUCGAGUGGUUCCAGAGGGCAUAUGGCCGGAGGUUAUCCCAAUCAAGCGUGUCAGAUAUUCUGUCUGAAAAGUUCGCCUAUUUGGAUUCUGCUCCGGCAUCAGCUGCCAGACGCCGUCAGAAAGCACCACGGUGGCCACGACUCGAAACAAAGCUCAUCGAGUGGUUCGAUUCAAAUCCAAAUGGCAUACAACCACCAACCGGCGAGGCCAUUGUUACAAAAGCGCGCGAACUCUGGAAUGAGAUUCCCGAAUACCAAACGAUGCCAUCUCCGCUAUUCAGCCAAGGAUGGCUGGACAGAUUGAAGAGACGAUUGCGUGAUCGCGAUGCUGAAGCUACAGGCGCACGUGUUGUACUACCUAACUCGUCUCGUCGCGUUGAGACUCCCCAGAGCAUCGACCAGGCACGCAGGCACACAAAAGUCCUACGGACGAUGUGCGGCGAAUUUGACGAAGAUGAUAUCUAUAACGUGGAUGAGGCAGGGCUCUGUUGGCGAAAGCCUCCGUUUUUGCCAUCACCUACUCAGAGUGUAGACUCGAUGGACAAAGAAAACUCUCGCAUCUGUCUUAUUCUUUGUACCAACGCCACUGGAUCAGACCGGCUGCCACUUUGGAUCAUUGGCCACUCACAAAUGCCCCAGGCGCUGCGCAACGUAAACCGCGACGCAAUGGCAUUCAAAUGGCUAUACAACGUUCAAGCCUGGCUGACGCAAUCUAUAAUGCAACAGUGGUUGCUAUCGUUCUACAAACAUGUUGGCGAUCGAAGAGUGUUGUUACUACUGGAUAACCUCCCUGAUCAUCACGCGGCAGUGCGAUUGACACCGCCGCCAUCGAAUGUCCAUAUCCAUCAUUUACCCAUCUCAAAGACCUCAUCUGAUGAUGAGCAGCCGCUUACUUUGGGAAUUACCCAAAACCUGAAGCAACACUAUCGACAAGAGUGGCUGUCUUUCAUGGUUAGAUGCAAGGAGUCAUCUACCGACUCAGUGCACAUGAUGAGUCUUUUCCACGCUGUGUCUUGGAUCACUCGCAUUUGGCGCCACGACAUAACGCAUGGGACUGUCUACAAAGCCUUUCGGAAGAGUGCACUCAUAGACCGACAAAUAGCAUUUUCAGUGCCUUCAAAAGCACCCAACCUGACCAGUCUCUACCAAACUGUCACUCGGGACAAUCCAGAAAAUCGACAUGUCAUUCAUUUGGAGGGAUUUAUCAAUCCCGUCGAUGAGGACCUGUAUUGCGGGGCAGGAGUCGAGGGGUUGGAUGGAAAUGAUGACGCUAUGGAGCUGAUGGUGAACGGAUUGGACGAUGCAUUUGUGCCAACGCCUAUUGAUCAGUUCGUUCCCACGUCAGCUGACGCGGUCGUCCGACUCCAGUCUGCCAUUCGAUAUUUGGUGCAUCAGCCCUGGGCUACUGCGAAGGAUGUUGAAGCACUUGAGAGGACAGAGAGAAUGAUGAACCGUAUCAGUGCCGAUGAACGACGAUAA